AUGUAUAUUGUAAUUCCAUUAUCAUUAUAUUUAAUUGUACAAAUUUUUUUUAAUUAUAAUUGUGCUGUUUUUAUAAGUGCUGGAACACCAAAAAAGAGUACUUCUGAACCAAAAUGUAAAAAAUGUUUUGGUUUUAAACCAUAUGGUACACAUCAUUGUAGUUUUUGUAAUAAAUGUAUACUUUUAAUGGAUCAUCAUUGUAUUUGGAUAAAUCAAUGCGUUGGAGCACGUAAUCAUAGAUUUUUUUUUCAAUUUUUAUCUUUUUUAUGGAUAGGAGUUUUUGUUGUUAUAAUAUAUAGUUAUAAUACAUUUUGGAAACACAUAAUUUCAUCUUAUAAUAAUGAUACAUUUUGUUUUAAAAAAGAUGCCUUAAAUUAUUUACCAUGGUUUGAAAAUUUUUGUAGUGAUAAAUAUCGUUUACUUGUAACAAAUAUGGCAAUAUUUGGAUAUUUACUACCAUUAAUUAUUUUUUUUCCUAUUGGAUUUUUAACUAUAUGGAAUUUUAUAUUAAUAUCAAAUAAAACAACACAAGCUAAUUUUGUUCAAGAAAAAUAUUUUGAUUGGGUAACAAUUAAAUCUCUUAUAACUAUUGGAGUAUUAUAUAAUCCAACAUUUAAAGAUAUAUGGAAAAAAUUUUUAGGAAUAGAAAAUGAAAGAAAAUUUACAAGACAUAUACUAUUUCCGUCAAUUCAUAUUCCUUUACAUGCAAAAUUUAAUUGUGAUGAAUGUAAUAAUGAAAUUGGUCGGUUAAUACAUGUAGUUUAG